AUGCACACAUCUGCCGGCAAACUUAUUGCCCGACUUCAUGCACACAAGUCUUCUCCUUCUUCAAAUGACUCCUUUAACUACUCUCAGCUCACAAGUGAUCCGGCUUUAGCAGCUCUUUUCCAUGACCUUUCUUUAGUCCUAAUAACUCAUAAACGCAACGGUGAUUCAACAUCUUAUUCAUACCGUUGUACUGCACCUUCUUCUUCUUCUUCUUCUUCUAACUCUAACUCUAAAUCUGGAGAAAUUCUCUCUCCUAAAGUCCCCCUCCCAGAAGCUUACUGCGAAUUUAUACUUACUAUUGUACUCCAAGAAAAUAAUAACAACCAUGGAAUCUCUGAUGGUCCUACAAUGACUUCUUUUUCUGUCAAAAUUAUGGCCCCACUCUCCCAAACAGACCCUGAAUCAGUGCUGGCACAGUUUUUCGAGUCCUGCAUCGGGAAAUCAUCUCUAUCUUUACCUUCUUUACCUUCUUCUUCUUCUUCUUCUUCUUCCAUUUAUCCCCAUAAUGAUCUUGUGUCUGCACUUCACGGCGCAGCUUCAUUUGCUCGUCUAAAUACUUGUCGUGCUGCCAUUCUCACAGAGUUUACAAACAAAUACGGCUCGCACCUGCAACUUACCACAUGGCCUCAUGGAUCCACUUAUGCUUUUGCACCUCCGCAAAAAUCUUCUUCUUCCUCUUCUUCUUCUGAAAACUCUUUCCUUGCUCACAAAUAUACCUUCCUACUUGUGUGGUCUAUCGGUAUCCACCCCAUCACAAAAUCUCCCACUGCUGAUGCCUUCUCUAAAAUCUCUGGCCAGCUGGUUCCGGCCUCAGACAACCUCUCUCCAACCGAACAAAACUACAUCCAAUCAUUCCCCAAAGCUUUUAAAGCUCUCAUCAAACUCAAUGGUCUUGUAAAAGCCGUUGAAGUUUGUCAUAAACUUCUGUACACUUAA